CCCCCGGCGGCCAUGGCGGGCUGUCCGGCGCCGCUGUGGUACCACCGGGACCUGAGCCGCGCGGCGGCCGAGGAGCAGUUGGCGCGGGCGGGGCGGGACGGGAGCUUCCUCGUCAGGGACAGCGAGAGCGUGGCCGGAGCCUUCGCCCUCUGCCUCCUGUUCCAGAAGCACGUCCACACCUGCAUCCUGCCCGACGGCGACGACGGCCUCGCCGUGCAAACCUCUCAGGGGGUUCAGGUGAAGCGUUUCCGCACGUUGACCGAGUUGGUGGCCCUUUACCUCCAACCCAACCAGGGUUUGGUUUGUACUCUCCUCUUCCCGGUGGAACGCGAGAAGGACAACGGUGAGACCGCCGAUUGUUCCGCCUCGGGGCCUGGUGGCAGCUGGUCGCUGUGUGAGGACUACGUUGGCAGGUGGUACUCCUCUGGACCUCGAGGAGGUCCGUGCCGUGGCUCCACGGCUUUGCCGCACCUCCACCGAAACCCUCCUGAGCUCCUGCCAAACAGCCUCCACAGUUUGGGGUCUCCUCAGGGGUCGUCGGAACCGGAGCUGCAGCGGUUGGGGCUGAAGCUGACGCUGCUCCGAGACCUUCUGGGGGGGCUCGAGAAAAAGGCUCUGCGGGCGCUGCAGGAGCUCAGUUUGGGGGUCCCCCCCGCCCCCCCCCCCGCUCACCCCAAACCCAAAAGUGUCCCCGUCCACAGCUUCGAGGUGAAGGCGGACGCGGCGCGGGGGGAGCUCUCGAAGCUGGGGAAGGCGCAGCGGCAGACGCUGAGCGUGGACGUGGAAGGCGGACGCCUCGUCCUCCUCCGGCGCCACCGCGAGGGCCACGAGGACUGGAGCUGCUUCCCACACCACCGCAUCCGGCAGAUCGUGAAGUCCCAACGAGUCCCCAACAAAUUGGCCGUCGUCUUCGAGAAGGACAAAGACAAAACCCAACGGAAGGACUUUGUCUUCGUCAGCGCUCGGAAGCGCGAAGCUUUCUGUCAGCUCCUCCAGCUGAUGAAGAACCGCCAUUCCCACCAGGAUGAACCCGACAUGAUCUCCAUCUUCAUCGGCACUUGGAACAUGGGCAGCGUUCCUCCUCCCAAGAACAUCACCUCCUGGUUCACCUCCAGAGGGUUGGGGAAGACCUUGGACGAGGCCACCGUCGCCAUCCCCCACGACCUCUACGUCUUCGGCACUCAGGAGAACUCCUUGAGCGACAAAGAAUGGGUGGACUUCCUCCGCGCCGCCCUCAAGGACUUCACCGACGUCGAAUACCGUCCGGUGGCUCUGCAGUCGCUGUGGAACAUCAAAGUGGUGGUGUUGGUGAAGGCCGAGCACGAGGCGCGCAUCAGCCACGUCGGCACCUCCAGCGUCAAAACCGGCAUCGCCAACACCCUCGGCAAUAAAGGCGCCGUGGGCGUCUCCUUCCUCUUCAAUGGGACCUCCUUGGGCUUCGUCAACUGCCACCUGACCUCGGGCGGCGAGAAGACCCCGCGGAGGAACCAGAACUACUUGGACAUCCUUCGGCUCCUGACGCUCGGGGACAAACAACUCAACGCCUUCGACAUCUCCCUACGCUUCACCCACCUCUUCUGGUUUGGAGACCUCAACUACCGCCUCGAUAUGGACGUCCAGGAGAUCCUCAACUACAUCGCUCGGAAGGAACUCGACCCUCUCCUCAAGGUGGACCAACUCAACCUGGAGAAGGAGAAGCACAAGAUCUUCCUCCGCUUCGAGGAGGAGGACAUCACCUUUCCCCCCACGUACCGCUACGAGCGCGGCUCCCGCGACACCUACGUGUGGCACAAGCAGAAGCCCACGGGGAUCCGCACCAACGUCCCCUCCUGGUGUGACCGUAUCCUUUGGAAAUCCUACCCGGAGACUCACAUCAACUGUAACUCUUACGGUUGCACCGACGACAUCGUCACCAGCGACCACUCUCCCGUCUUCGCUUCCUUCGAGGUCGGCGUCACCUCCCAAUUCGUCUCCAAGAAAGGGCUCUCCAAGACUUCCGAUCAGGCGUACAUUGAGUUCGAGAGCAUCGAAGCCAUCGUCAAGACCUCGAGUCGCACCAAGUUCUUCAUCGAGUUCUACUCCACCUGUUUAGAAGAGUUCAAGAAGAGCUUUGAGAACGACUCCCAAAGCAGCGAUAACAUCAACUUCUUGAAGGUGCAGUGGUCGUCGCGACAGCUGCCGACGCUCAAACCCAUCCUCUCCGACCUCGAGUACCUCCAGGACCCCUCCUGCUCACCGUUCAAAUCCCUCGACGGAUACGAAUCCUACGGGGAGUGCGUCAUCGCCCUCAAAUCCAUGAUCGGAAGUACCUCGCAGCAAUUCCUGACGUUCCUCUCCCACCGUGGCGAAGAAACCGGGAACAUCCGCGGUUCCAUGCGCGUCCGCGUCCCUUCGGAGCGCAUCGGAACCCGCGAACGCCUCUAUGAGUGGAUCAGCGUCGACCGUGACGACUCCGUCGCCGCCAGAGCCAAAGGAGCCGUCGGAGCCGUCGGAGCCGUCGGAGCCAAUGCCGAUGGAAACAGGUGCCAACGCGGCUCCGGAGAAUCCCAACGGCUCCUCCGCAAUCCCGGAGGAGGCUCAUUCCCAAUCCUGGAGGAGACUCAUUCCCAAUCCCGGACUCCUGGGAUGGAUUCGGACUCCAAAGCGGAAGCUCCGGAGCCGCAACGGAGCAGCUUCACCAAUCCGGCGUACUUCGUUCUGGAAGGGGUCCCCCAAUUCCUUUCCCCCCCCUCCCCCCGAGAACCCCAACUUUUUGCCCCAAUAUUUCCCCGCCCCCCACUUUCCCCCCACGUCCUUCCCGGGAUCCCCCCCGAAAGUUCUUCCGAUGAGGAUAUGACACCCCCAAAUUUACCCCCUCCCACUUUCCCACCCCCCCCACUACCCCGGGGGUCCCCCGAAAGUGAGGACCCCAAAAACAGACCCCCCUAUACCGAUGGGACCCCCCAAAAGCUGCCGGGGGGCUCCCCAUAA